AUGGAUUCUCGAGCCGAAACGCUUGCUGGGGAGAAAGAAGUUGGCAGGAGCGUUUCCCCUACUCCACCUGGAUCACUCAACAAAGAGAAGCUCGAAGCGAAUGGUAGCUUCGACGAAUCACCAACAGAUAAAGAAGAUGAUUCGAUCAGGGAUGCUCCAGCUGUCCAAGGAGGAGACGACGAUGAAGGGGAAUAUCCAGACGGCUAUCGUAUGGCCAUGAUCGUGGUUGCGUUGCUUCUCAGUAUCUUCCUUGUAUCUCUGGAUAUGACUAUAGUCGCUACAGCCAUUCCGAAAAUCACCGACGAAUUCGCUGGACUUGACCUAGUUGGCUGGUAUGGCUCUGCCUUCUUCCUCACCGUGGGAGCCUUUCAAUCGACCUGGGGAAAGGGCUACAAGUACUUCCCGUUGAAGACAACCUUCCUAAUCGCCAUCUUCAUUUUCGAGCUCGGAUCUCUCAUCUGCGGUGUGGCGCCCAAUAGUACAGCACUUAUUGUUGGAAGAGCCAUUGCUGGAGUUGGUGGAGCUGGUAUUGCAUCGGGUGCCUACACUAUUAUUGCUUUCUCGGCUAGACCAUCUAAGCGAGCAGCCUUUACCGGACUCAUGGGAGCAGCAUACGGUAUCGCCAGUGUCAUCGGUCCUCUCCUCGGAGGUGUCUUUGCUGAGAAUACUACGUGGAGAUGGUGUUUCUACAUCAAUUUGCCAAUUGGCGGAGUUUCAGCCGCCAUCAUCCUGUUCUUCUUCACCACACCAGCCCAAGCCGUCCCGGUCAAAGCUACCCUCAAGGAGAAGUUCCUGCAAAUGGAUAUGCCCGGUUCGUUCGUCAUCAUGGGAGCCAUCAUAUGCUACAUUCUUGCUCUUCAAUGGGGAGGGCAAACCAAAAGCUGGGACUCUUCAGAAGUGAUCGGGACGCUCGUCGGCUUCGUUCUCAUUCUUGCUGUUUGGGUUGUCAUUGAAUGGUACCAAGGGGAGCGUGCCAUGAUCGUGCCACGCCUUCUCAAGGACCGCCAUAUCUGGAGUGGGAUGGUCUUCAUCUUCUUCCUCGCAGGUGGCUUCUUCCUCCUUCUCUACAACCUCCCAAUCUACUUCCAAGUCGUCAGUGGAGUCUCUGCAUCCGACUCUGGUGUCCGCAAUUUGCCACUGAUUUUGGGAUGUACCAUUACCACAAUUAUCUCUGGUGGCAUGAUCUCAGCAUUUGGUGUUGCUGUUCCUUGGAUGAUUGGAGGAAGCGCUAUCGCAACAAUUGGCUCUGGACUUCUCUACACUCUGAACACACACUCCUCGUCCUCGGCAUGGAUCGGUUACCAGGCUCUUUCUGGUAUUGGUAUUGGUCUGUGUCUGCAAGUUCCCAUCAUCAUCGGCCAAGCUGUCUCGAAACCUGAGGAUCUUUCCUCAGUCACAGCUAUGAUCCUAUUUGCGCAAACAAUCGGAGGUGCAUUCUUCGUCUCCGCCGGUCAAGUCGCUCUCUCGAACGUCUUGCAAAGCAGUAUCCUAAAGUAUGCUCCAUCCACAACCCCAGCUGAUGUUCUCGUUGUUGGUGUGACGGAGAUCCGGGAUCACUUCCCAGCAGAUGUCGUACCUGACAUCGUCACAUCAUACAUGAAGGGCCUCCAAGCCGCGUACGCCAUCGCGAUCGCCAGCGCUGGUAUUGCAGUAAUCUUCUCACUAUGCAGCAAGUGGACAAACUUGAAGGGCAAGGUACAGCCGGGCGGUGCCGCUUGA